AUGGCGAUGCUCUCCAGGAUGCUGCCGCGGCUGCGCUCCUCCGCCACGCGCGUCCUCCGCAAGGUGUGCGGACUGGAACCCGCGGCGGCGGCGGCGGCGGCGCGACGGCUCUCCGCCGCUGAAGCCUUCGCCGAGUGUGAGGGCUCACUCCUGCGCCCUCUCCCCGGUCUGGACCUCCCGCCGUGCCUCCCCGACAACCUGAGCCGCAGCCCCACCCGGGUCACCACGCUCCCUAACGGCCUCCGCGUCGCCUCCGAGGAUGUCCCGGGUCCUUCAGCGUGCAUCGGUUUCUUUGUCAACUCCGGCUCCGUCUACGAGUCCGGGGAGACCACCGGCGUCUCGCACAUGCUAGAGAGGAUGGCCUUCAAGGACACCAAGCACCGGAGCCACCUCAACAUCGUGCGCGAGCUCGAGCUUGCUGGGGCCAACGUCGGCGCCUCUGCCUCCAGGGAGCAGAUGGUCUACAGCUAUGACACGCUCAAGGGAUACAUGCCAGAGGCUCUCGAGAUCCUCAUCGACUGCAUGCGCAACCCGCUCUUCCUCCAGGAAGAAGUCGAACGGCAGCUGGUCCUUGCUCGAGAAGAGGUCCAGGAGCUGCAGAAGAACCCUGAGAAGUUUCUUCAUGAACAGCUUAACCUUGUUGGAUUUUCGGGUGCUCUUGCGAAUCCGCUAAUAGCUCCUGAGGAUGCCCUUGCGAGAAUUAAUGAUAAAAUUAUUCAAAAGUUCUAUCAUGAAAAAUUUACUGCUGAUCGUGUGGUUCUAGCAGCAUCCGGUGUUGAUCACGAACACUUGCUAGGCUAUGCAGAUCUUUUGUUGAAAGAUUGGCACAAGGGGACCCCAAUGGAAAAGCCAAAGUCUACGUAUGUUGGUGGAGAUUCCAGACACAGAGCAGAUUCAGAUAUGACACAUGUUGCAUUAGCUUUUGAAGUUCCAGGGGGCUGGCUUCAAGAGAGAGACGCUACAAUUAUGACUGUCAUACAGACUUUAAUGGGUGGUGGUGGUUCAUUCUCCUCUGGUGGUCCUGGAAAAGGGAUGCAUUCACGGCUUUAUCUACGUGUCCUAAAUAAAUAUAACUCUGUUGAGUCUUUUUCUGCAUUUAGUAAUGUAUAUGACAGCAGUGGCCUCUUUGGUAUCUACUUAACCACGCCAUCAGAUUUUGUGGCAAAGGCUGUUGAUAUCGCAAUAAGUGAAUUAAUUGCUGUUGCAACUCCUGGAGAAGUGUCAGAGGUUGAACUGCAACGAGCGAAAAACUCAACGAUUUCAUCUGUAUUAAUGAAUCUUGAAUCUAGGGUGGUUGUUGCAGAAGAUAUUGGAAGGCAGCUGUUAUCUUAUGGUUGCAGGAAGCCUAUUGACUACUUCCUUCAAUGUAUGGAAGAAAUUACUCUAGAUGAUGUUGCAACAUUUGCCAGGAAGAUGCUAGCUUCGCAACCCACAAUGGUUAGCUGGGGAAAUGUUGACAAAGUUCCUCCAUAUGAAUUUAUUUGCAAGCGGCUACGAUAG